CCUUCGUGCUUUAUUCAUCCUCCCUGCCAGCAGCCAAGCACCCCGUUUGCAUCUGCAUAUAUAUGGCACCGCUCCCCCUCUUCUCAGCAUACCGACCUCAGGGGCUCUACUACACGCUCGAUCAACGAAACACAACGCUAGUCUACCUCAAGAACUAGCAGACAGGACAAGAACAGUCGAGUGACCAUGGCCGCAGCAGCCAACGAUAGCACCGCCGACGAGAAGGCGCCGGGGACGAUCGGCGUAGGCCGGUACGAGGAGAUGGAGCAAGAUGGCGCCUCGAGCACCGCGAAGUCGCGGCUCUCCGGCCUCCUGUGGCACGGCGGCUCCGCCUACGACGCCUGGUUCAGCUGUGCUUCCAACCAGGUGGCCCAGGUGCUGCUGACCUUGCCCUACUCCUUCUCGCAACUGGGGAUGCUGAGCGGCAUACUGUUCCAGCUCUUCUACGGCCUCAUGGGGAGCUGGACCGCGUACCUCAUCAGCAUCCUGUACGUGGAGUACCGGACCAGGAAGGAGAGGGAGAAGGCCGACUUCAGGAACCAUGUCAUCCAGUGGUUCGAGGUGCUGGACGGGCUGCUGGGGAGGCACUGGAGGAACGUCGGCCUCGCCUUCAACUGCACCUUCCUCCUCUUCGGCUCCGUCAUCCAGCUCAUCGCCUGCGCCAGCAACAUCUACUACAUCAACGACCGGCUGGACAAGAGGACGUGGACCUACAUCUUCGGCGCGUGCUGCGCCACCACGGUGUUCAUCCCGUCGUUCCACAACUACCGCAUCUGGUCCUUCCUGGGCCUCGUCAUGACCACCUACACGGCGUGGUACCUCGCCGUUGCAUCCCUUCUCCAUGGCCAGGUUGAUGGUGUGAAGCACUCGGGCCCGACCAAGAUGGUGCUCUACUUCACCGGGGCCACCAACAUUCUCUACACCUUCGGCGGCCAUGCAGUUACUGUGGAGGUGAUGCACGCGAUGUGGCGGCCGCAGAAGUUCAAGGCGAUCUACCUGAUGGCGACGGCGUACGUGCUGACGCUGACGCUGCCGUCGGCGGCGAGCGUGUACUGGGCGUUCGGGGACGAGCUGCUCACGCACUCCAACGCGCUCUCGCUGCUGCCGCGCACGCCCUUCCGGGACGCCGCCGUGGUGCUCAUGCUCGUCCACCAGUUCAUCACCUUCGGCUUCGCCUGCACCCCGCUCUACUUCGUGUGGGAGAAGCUCAUCGGCCUCCACGACUGCCGCAGCCUCUGCAAGCGCGCCGCCGCGCGCCUCCCCGUCGUCGUGCCCAUCUGGUUCCUCGCCAUCGUCUUCCCCUUCUUCGGGCCCAUCAACUCCGCCGUCGGCUCCCUCCUCGUCAGCUUCACCGUCUACAUCAUCCCGGCGCUCGCGCACAUGAUCACCUACCGCUCCGCACACGCCCGCGAGAGCGCCGUGGAACAGCCGCCGCGGUUCGUAGGGCGAUGGACGGGCACGUACGUGAUCAACGCGUUCGUGGUGGUGUGGGUGCUGGUGGUCGGCUUCGGCUUCGGCGGCUGGGCCAGCAUCACCAACUUCGUCCGCCAGAUCGACACCUUCGGCCUCUUCACCAAGUGCUACCAGUGCCCCACGCCGCCCAUCCCGGACGCCUCCUGGCCGUUCCCCGGCGGCCUCCACAACCUGACGCUGCUCCCGCCGGCGCCGGCUCCUUCGCCGGCGCACUUCUUCCGCCACCACCGGCACCACAGCCGCGGGCUCUGAAGCUUAAGAAGCCUCCGAGGUUGCUGUUCUGGUUAGCUCUAGUUAUUAAUUAGCGCUGCUACUGAUCAGUCUAGUAGUAAGAAAAACUACCAGUGAGUAGGGAGCGAGCUUGCUGUUUCUUUUCUUCUUUUCUUCUCCUGGAUUCAGAGAGACGGUGAUGACUGAUGUUUGUCUCUUGUUCUGUGCUCUGUGCUAUGGCCUGGCGUGAAGCAUCUAGCUGUUGCUUUCUGAAAGCUGAAUAAAAUUGUUGCUUAUUGA